CUCAUUGGCUGACACCGCUUCACGUUGAGACGGAGAGCCAGCCAGCUGGAGGUUUAAGGAAAAUAAAUAGUUGUUUUUGUCUCUCGGUGCCGUCGGUCCUCAACGAAAUAGUGCCAGCGUUUAUGCGUUCCUUCAGCAAGUUGAAAUGAUCUGAUAGGGCAUUGUUUGCAAAAGAGGGAUGUAAAUUUCUUGUCGGACACUCUUGUUUUUAGCGAGAGGUAGCACUCCUGCCAGCUCGGUUUGCUAACUCUCUUCCGCCCGUUUGUCUCCCAGGCGACGGCUUUUUGUCACUCCAUCCAUCAUCGCAUCACCCUGGGUCUUUCCGUCCUCUCCCCUGGAGACCGUUACCGAUUGCCAGACAACAGCGCGGCACGCUUCCUGCCUGCGGAGCUCGGUGCUUGCUGCCCAACCCGGGUGGCCCGAUGCUAGGAGCGGGGAAGACAUAACGGCGCGGCUCUAGGAGGAGAUGUCAGAGCGGGGAUGCCUCUCCUUGGAGACAGUCCUGUAGUCGAUGGGACACCGGAGUGCGCACCGUAUACCUGUCGCGGGGACCUGCAGGGUUGCAGCCUAACACGCAGUGACAUAUAUAUGGAUGGUGGGGUCGCAGCAUGCCCACCCCCUCGACUACCACUACUCCGCUGGCUGGAAGGAGCAGCAGCAGCAGCAGCAGCAGCACCGGAGGAGAAGAGGAGCCCAUGUCUGCCAGUCCCGACUCCACCGGCGGCUCCUCUUUCCGGGUCGUCCCGGCUUUUUGCCUGGGCGUGGUGGCGGCGGUCGCGUUUCAGCUGGCCUGGGGAGGCCUGACUCUCACCUCUUUCUUGCUGAAGCUUUUCAUCUACGUCUCGUUCGCCUUGCUGUGCUUCCUGGCCGGGAGCUUCGUUCUGCUGGUCAGGAAGAGCCCGCUCAAAGUCAGCUGCUUUGACCGAGACAGGAGGCAGUCAGCUGCUCGUCUGGAGUUCUUCAACAGGCUGAUGGGUCGGUUCUGGGUGCCUGCGCAGGAGUCGAGCCAGAGCAGAAGAGUGGUGGUGUCGCAUAAUGUGGACAAAGCUCUGAAGGAAGUGUUUGACUACGCCUACAGAGACUACAUCCUGUCCUGGUACAUCCCGCUGAGUCGUGAUGAGGGCCAGCUGUACUCCAUGCUGCUGGAGGACUGGUGGCAGAUGAUUGGCCAGUUGAGAUCCAGAGUCGCCGACGUAGACGUUGUCAAUGUAGUGUGCUACGACAGCGUCCGCAUCCUUCAUUCCCACUUCACUGACCUCAAGGCUGCAUCUGGAAGACCAGAGGAAGCUGCUCGCCCGUUUCCUCUCCAUCCAUGUUUGGUCAGUCCUGACUCGGAGAUGGCCUUCCUCCGUUGUGUAGCUAGAAUCCUGCUGCUAUGUCUGCUGCCACAAAAGGAUGCCAAGUCGCACACGCUACGCUGCUGCCUAACAGAAGUUAUAACGACCAAAGUGUUGAAGCCUCUGGUGGAGGUGCUCAGUGAUCCAGACUCCAUAAACAGGAUGCUGCUGUCUCAGCUGGAGCAGAGGGAGCAGCAGGCUGAGCAGCAGAAAAAAGCCUACACCUACGCUGCCUCUUAUGAAGACUUCGUCAAACUGAUAUCAACUUCUGCUGAUGUCAAUUUCCUCAAACAACUCAGGUAUCAGAUAGUGGUUGAAAUUAUCCACGCCACCACCAUCAGCAGCUUGCCUCAGCUCAAGAAGCAAAAAGAGCGCAAAGGCAAAGAGUCCGCAGCCAUGAAGGCAGACCUGCUGAGGGCCAGGGACAUGAAGCGAUACAUCAAUCAGCUGACUGUCGCUAAGAAACAAUGUGAGAAACGCAUCCGCCUGCUCGGUGGACCGAACUAUGAGAACAGCGAGGAAGGAGGAGCCGAUGACGGCGACGAGCCGCAGAGUCAGAGGAUCCUCCAGUUUGAUGACAUUUUGUGUAACCCAAGUUACAGGGAGCAUUUUAGAGUUUACAUGGAGCGAGUCGAUAAGAGAGCUCUGAUAAGCUUCUGGGAACUGGUGGAAAUGCUGAAAACUGCCAACAAGAAUGAAGUGCCCCAAAUCGUGGGGGAAAUCUACCAGAAGUUCUUUGUGGAGAGCAAAGAGAUUCAAGUGGAAAAGUUUCUUCUGAAGGAGAUCCAGCAGAGUCUGGUGGGGAACAGAGGAACUGAGGUCUUUGUCAGACUGCAGGAGCAGGUGGCCGAGACGAUGAGGGAGCGUUACUACCCUUCCUUCCUGGUUUCUGACCUCUAUGAUCGGCUGAUCCGACGAGAUGAGCCCCACAGCCAAUCACAGUGCAGCCCAGAGGAAAAAGGCGAAGGGUGCCGGGGUCUAGAUGCAGGAGAAGAGGUGUGCGAUGAGGGGACUAAAGGGAUCAAUGAGCAAGCCAGCUAUGCUGCUACUAAACUACGCCAGCUGUAUGACAAACUGGAGUACAAACGACAGGCCCUGGGUUCUAUCCAGAAUGCACCAAAACCAGACAGAAAGAUAGUAAGCAAACUAAAAGAAGAGAUCGGAGCCAUGGAAAAGGAGCACAGUGAACUCCAGCAGCACAUAUCCAGGACUGACUGGUGGUGUGAAAACCUGGGCCACUGGAGGGCCAGUAUCACCACGGCCGAGGCUGCAGAAGAAGGGGGCGAGACCGUAGCUAGUUACAGCGUGUGUGUCUGCCUGACGGAAGGAGAGGAAACAGCCAACAGCCGCUGGAGCGUCCAGAGGAAGCUCACCGAGUUCCAGGUGUUACACCGCAAGCUCACUGAGUGUUUCCCCUGUUUGAAGAAACUCCAGUUACCAUCUCUUAGUAAACUUCCCUUCAAAUCCAUUGACCAGAAGUUCUUAGAAAAGAGUAAAACACAGCUCAAUGCCUUUCUCCAGCGGCUGCUGACAGAUGAGCGACUGUGCCAGUCAGAGGCGCUCUACGCCUUUCUAAGCCCGUCUCCGGAGCACCUCAAAGUGAUGUCUAUUCAGAAGAAGUCCUCCUUCUCUUUGGCCUCCUUUCUGGAGAGGUUACCUGGAGAUUUCUUCUCCCAUGCGGAGGAAGAUGGGGAUGACGACAGUGACCUGUCGGACUACGGCGAUGAAACGGACGGGCGGAGAAAUGCUCUGGCUGAACCCUGCUUCAUGCUUAUCGGGGAAAUCUUUGAGCUACGAGGAAUGUUUAAGUGGGUGAGGAAGACUCUAAUUGCACUAGUCCAGGUUACGUUUGGACGAACUAUCAACAAACAGAUCCGGGACACUGUAAACUGGAUCUUCUGUGAGCAGAUGCUGGUGUGUUACAUCAGUGUGUUCAGGGACACCUUCUGGCCUAAUGGGAAGUUGGCACCUCACGGCAAGGUCCGAACUGAUUCAGAACGCAGUGAAACCAAGGAGCGGGCUCAACAGAAACUCCUCGACAAUAUUCCAGAUGCACUAACAAACCUCGUUGGCCAGCAGAAUGCUCGCUUUGGAAUCAUCAAAAUCUUCAAUGCUCUGCAGGAGGCCAACGCAAACAAGCAUCUCAUCUACGUGUUGAUGGAAAUGUUGCUGAAGGAGCUGUGUCCUGAGCUCAGAGCAUCAGCGGACAACAUCUGAGCACAACCACAGAGCACCCCGAAUCACCAAAUAGAACAGAGGCUCCACUGGCGUCUGUUUCUCACCCUUCUAGCCGACCAGUCCCGGAGUUCCAGGCCAGACGGGGAGCGAGGUUUAUGGGUAAACCUCCGUGUUGGUCUGAGCUGGAGCCGAGGCUGGGAAAUGGUGGCAAACCGAGCUCACAGCAGCCUGAAAGGGGCUGGCACGGCAUUGUGCUGAGCCAGGACACUAAUCGUAUCUGUAACAGAGAGCCCACGUUCACUAAAGACCAAGUUUUAAUUUUCAACAGUAUGUAACACUUUUAUAUGUUUGUUUAGUUGUUUUCUGGGGACACAGACAUUCCAAAUCAAUACUAAAGCCAAAUGAUAAUAAAUCUGUUGUUCUGGUGUAAAUCUCUGAAGUUAAAGUGAAGCUUAAUGUUUGGACAUUGGAGGUGGUGAUCCACAGAAUGUGAUUGGAAAGCACGGUCCAGAUUGGUGUCGGAGCGCGGACUCCCAUUGCCCUGGAGGACGAACCAGUUUCAGUCAUUGCCCGCAGACCUCUGAACAUUCCUACACACAGCCUAAGCAACAACACUCGUGUUCUGUGAUUCUUGUUGAGACUUCUAAUUGUGCAAUAUAAUUUCAUGUGAACGUCAUUGUGAUGAUUUUAUUUAUGAUUAUUAUUAUUGAUAGAUUUUAUUUUUACCAAAAUUGUUUAGAGAGCGUUUAUAUGAGCAAUAAAUCACAAACAAAAGCUGA